AAAUAACUAUAUUCAGUGGUGAGAAGAAUUUAUUUGCUUCAGCAGAUGAUCAAGACAAAAAUAAAAGUGAUGAUGAGGAGAGGAGUAGUGGUAGGAAAAUUGAUAUAGUGUGGAUGACAAAAUUUCUAAAAAUUGAAUUUGCAAUAUCAGAAGUUUCUGGUCCUCCAAACACCAGACAACACACUCAUUAUGUUGAAGACAAAGUUAAAAUUGCAAAAAUGCUCAAGGUUAUGAUAAAUAAAAUUGUUAGAACUCAUGGUGGAACCAUUGCUAAUCUAAAUCUAAUAAAACUUUAUGCUUUACAUGUAUACAAAAUAGAGAAAGUCAUUAUUCCAUCAUCUAAACAAAAUAUUUCUAAAUUAAGAGAAUGCAUACCUAUCCUUUUACAUUUUAAGACAUUGUUAGUGGAGAGUCAAUCUAAUAUAAACAAAUAUAUUUAUGAGUCUGGCUUGGCAUCACCAAACAAAGAUGAAAGGGCAACUCUGUUCAUUACCGAAAUGUUAUAUUCUCCAAGAAAUAGAAAAA